AUGAAGUUUACCACAGCCCUUGUGGUGCUCAGCACCUUGGCCGCACCUAUCACUGCGCUGCCCCAAGCAAAACGGGCCUCAGGUGAUUAUAAAAUCCCUGACCACUGCUACCCAGACCCUUGCAAAGGAAUCACCUCAACAAACACUACCUACGUCUGUGGAGACUACCGCCUCGGACCCGUCACCGCACCCAAGAAAUUCCCUCUCAAUAACGAGCUGAGAACCUACGAGCGAUUUGGAAACCUAUGCCCAGCGCAGUUCCUGGAAAAGUGGGCCGGGUCUACCAACUCUUCAGAUUCCUACGAAUAUCCUCCCCAGAAUGGGUUUGUUGUCACCAAUGCCGGUGCUUCAAUCUUGGGCAACACCACCCUUCCUGUCGGACAGAAGCUCGACCGCUUCGGUUCCGAGUAUGGAUCUUUCCUGGCUCCCCUGGGUGCGCCAUACAUUGAGCGUUCGCUUCCUCCUAGCAACCUCAACACAUUUGAUGGCGAUUAUCCGUACAACUACUAUGUGUACCAGGUGACGAAGAGCUUUGAGGUGGGACUAGGUCCUAUUGCUCCGUGGUUUGAGCAGCCGGGUAUGGGCACGCAAUUUUUGUCCUACAAGAGCGUUAAGGAUCUGUUGGCCGGUGGAUAUCUGCGCAGAUUGACGCCCGAGGAGUAUGAUGACAAGUCUGAAUACUCAGAUAACUACACAGCUGGACCUUCUGCAUCGGCCUAA